GUUUCUCAUCGGCGUUUGUUGGUAGUUCGCCGUUAUCCGUUUUGUUUGAAUAGUAAUAUUAUAAUAUAUAUUAUCCAACUAUCCAGUCAAAAAUCGUGUAUUUUACUGUCGUCGUUGACUUGAGGCUGCUCGUGCGCAUUGUCCGCCGACGACAUUUUGACGAUGAUCACCGACACGGAAAUUCUUCCCGUUACUGAGAAAACGAUGAAUACCGUAGAUACAUCUGAUGCACUGGAUUUGACUAAAGAAAAUAUAAGACCACUAAGACAAGGUAGAAAACCAAUUCAAUUAGAAACUGCUUUACAAGCACAAUCUAAUUUGGAAAUUCAACAAAAGUUAAAUAAGAAGAAAGAAAAAUAUGAACAUGCUAUUCGUACAUAUGAAGGUGAUGAUCCUUUAGCUCCACAUUUUGAGUAUAUGAAGUGGUUGGAACAAAUAUAUUUAAAACAUGGACCAGAGAGUAAUUUGAUGCCUCUUAUUGAAGAAACUGUACAGAAAUUCAAAAAUGAUGCAAAAUACAAACAAGAUCCAAGAUUUAUCACAAUUUUAAUUAAUUUUAUUGAAAACCAAUCAAAUGCUAUUGAGUUGUAUCAAAUUGUUUAUAAUCAAGGUAUUGGUACAAUGUGUGCUUUAUUUUAUCGCGCAUGGGCUGAGUUAUUAGAUAGAUAUAAUGAUUUUAAACGUGUGGAUCAAAUAUUUUUGUUGGGAAUUAAAGCUAAGGCUGAACCAGUUGAAGAACUUGAACAAGCUCAUCUCCAAUUCCAAUUAAGCGUAGCUAGGCGAAUGCUUAAUGGACAAAUUUAAAAUGAUGACGAUAAGAACCAAGAACCUGAAAAAAGACACGCAUUUAAUGUCUUAAAAAAUCUGAAACGCACAGUGGUGUCAGACUGGUUUUGGCGGAGUUAUUGGAAAAGUACCACAAAUGAAUAAUGCAAAUGG